UUUGUUUUCAUGUGUACAUUUAUAGUUUAGUGACUUUAAUACGAGAUGGCAUUAUUUGCUCCUGCAUUCAAGUUCAACUUCGUCAAGAAGUUAAUUAAAUGUGACAUUCAUUGCUGAAUUGUCUGUUUACAACACACGCGAUUUCACGCAAUCUUUAAAGUUCAGCAGUAUAUAUAAUAGUGUUUUCAUCGAAGAUGAGGAUACGUAUUUUUAUAAGUACUCUCACUGAAUAAGAUGUCUUUCACAAUUUCAUAUCGCAUUACAUAACCGAAGUGGUUAAUUUGGGUUAAAGUCCACAUACUUAAUCAUUACAUUCAGGACUAGUAUGUCUUUGCAUAAAGUUUUUGUAUAUGGCACUCUAAAAAGGGGAGAACCAAAUCAUCAUUGGAUAACAGACACAAGCAAAGGAUUGUCAAGGUUUAUUGGAGUUGGAAAAACAAUAAAAAAAUAUCCUUUGGUCAUUGGUACAAAAUAUAAUAUACCAUUCGUCUUAGAUUCCCCAGGACAAGGACAUAAUGUUGUUGGGGAAGUGUAUGAAGUCGAUGAAUCCAUGCUGCACCAUCUGGAUAUUUUAGAGGAGCACCCAACAUUCUAUACAAGAGAAACUGAAGAAAUUGAAUUGUACGCUGAAAAUAUAAGAUCAGAGUGCUGGAUAUAUUUACUGAAGAAAUUUAAGCCAGAAAUGUUAGAGCAGCAGCAUUUUGCAGAUUACAGCUCAAGUGGUGAUCAUGGACUAGUGUAUGCGGAAAGGUAUCAACGUGAGCCAUCCUAUAACUACAAACAAGAUGUCAUGCCUUAAGCAUCUGCCUCUGUGACAAUGAAGCCACAUUGGCAGAUCUAUGAUGUAGUGUACCGAGACUUUGUCCAGGAACUGUACUGCCCCUUGUCAAGCAGGUGUUAUGUCCUGAGAACACAAUUUAGACAAUAACAUUUGUACCAAGCUUCAAAUGAAAGGAUCAUGGAAAGAUACCUGCCAAAAUAAGUAACAGCUUAAAAUGGACCAGCAAAAUCUGUUCUUGCCAACUGCAUUUGGAAUACUGUGUUAAUAUAUUAACAUGUUCAUACCCAUGAAAUUAACAGCUGUCUUAAGGUUCCAAGGCAUAAUUUUCUAUGUGUACAUUCACAAAACAAAAAGUAGCUGUGAAUUAACAUUUUCAAGUGGGAAGUUCCAAAAUAUAUAAUAUAAAGAGCUUUAGAAUUAGCCUUUUAGAAGCAUUUGGUUACUAAAUUUAUCCAGGAUUUUCAUCAUCAGUAAUCUGUCAUACGACAGGUCUUGAAAUGAAACUUUAAUAAAACUAAAGGUGAUUAUUUCUGGAUGUGCUAAGUAUCUGGGAUGUGAGGUCAUGUCUUAUAAUAGAAGUUUAUAGACGUUUUGGAACAACGUACUCUUCUAUCUUCAGAACUGAAGCCAAGCAAGCAUAGUACUGUGUGAGCAAAUUCUUCAUUCUGAACUCCCUACACUGCUUGGUUUAUUCCUUGACCCUGGAAAUAUGGACAGUACUUUCCUCUGAAACAGUGGUGAACUAUCACAUCCCAAAAGAGAGUACUCUUCAGAGUCACUGCUGCAAGAAUCUCAGAUCCUACCAGACUACAAAACUUCAGUUCCUAC